UGUAAACACCAGCAGUGAGGGAGUUUCUCGUGAUAUGCCUUUUAAUGUAUAUCAGUUAUUACAAUGGAUGCCAAUCCAUUAUGCAUCAUAUUAGUAAAGAAUGGGAGCAGAGGCGAUAGAUUAUUAUUUCGGUAUCCUUAUUCAGAUGAUAACGCGUUGGAGACCAAGACUAAAGCAAAGAGACACAACCCUUACUCGAUGCUUGGGGAUGGCACACCUCAGAGUUCAACAAUACGAUGUACAUCAAAUAUUUCUAAUGGAAAGUUGACUGGCUUUAGUGAUAAGGUUAUGUCAAACCUGUUUGCUGUUAAAAGUGAACUUUGCGACAGUAAAUUUGAACUGAAAGUAAAUGAUGUGAGGUUUGUAGGUCACCCAGUUCGUCUUAACCCCACAACAACACAUGGUCGACAUCAAGACAGAAGAAAACCUUCAACAAUUAUCCUCUUUAAUAUUAUUUUUGCUCUGAAAGCAACUCUUAAUCACGAUGUGGUCAAUUGUUACCAUGAUUUGAGCAUGCGGCUAGGUCUGGCCCUACGUCAUGAGGAGUAUCGGUGUCAGUUCCUGUCUUCUGAAGCAAGGAUAAUGCUAGCUGCACAUGAUGAGGCUUCUCAACUUCCAGAAGAUGGCCAGAUCUCACCUUUUCAGCUGAUACUUGAUAGAAGUCUAUUUGCUCGUCACCUAAGACAAGUUUAUGAGGAGUUGUGUGGUUCAGGCAUUGUUCAGCUACGUCUUAACAAGUGGAUUCAAGUGAGCUUUUGUUUGCCUCAAAAAGUUCAUCAUAGCCUAGCAACAGGAAAAUUUAUUGAUUACGAAGGAUUGUUAAGGGGACUGCAAACUCUCAAGCCUUAUCAUACGCUCCUGUUGUUGGUGGAGCGCUCAGAGCUACUUCGGUCUCUUUCUGCUGAUGCCUCACCUGCUCUACGACGGCUACUUCAUGUAGAAUCAGCUCUUACGCCAUUUUACACCCUUGCUGCUGAUGCAGACUUGACGUUACCUCAGGUGUUUAUGCUUGUUGGACAUCUGGUAUAUUGGGGUAAAGGAACUAUAAUAUACCCUGUGUGCAGUACAAAUGUUUAUGUACUUUCUCCAAAUGCUCCAACAGUUAUCAAUAGUCAACUAGCAGAACGGUUCAGUGAACAGUUUCCUGGGUCUUCUCUUCAUGCUGUCUUAGCAGAGUUCUCUUUCCCCAUCUCCCUGAGUGAUAAGUGCCAUCCCAUGACAUACCCACACCAACAGCAAGAACAAGUGCAGCAGGUGUUGUGGUUGCUGAAACAUGGCUUACUUCAGCAGCUGCAUACCUAUGUCUAUCUGGCUCCUCCACCAACAUCCUCAGAUUCAGGAAGUGGACGGCUGAGUGGACGUGAAAUAGGAGGAACAGGGCAGCUAGGGAGUCAUGGUACAAGUUCCCCUGCAAGUACAAGCAUACCAACUCCAACAGUUCAUGAGCCUCCACCAUUGUCUCAUGAUCCUCCUUCACUAACCCCUCAUCCACAGCAGUCUCAUCAGGCAGAUAUCAUAGUGGAUGCACUCCACCAUGCUGCUGUACAGCUCAGCCAGCCAGCUUCUGAAAGUGAUUUAGGCUCGGUGUGCAGUGAUGAGCGGAGCCCCAGUCCAGGUGUCAGUCUCAACACCAUCCCGGAGGACUACAUCCGUCGCCGCCUCGAUACGUUUUUGUCGCCAGCAGAAAAAGAAAUGGUCAUGAAAGUAGAAGCUGCACAGAAUCCAGAAGACCUCAAACUGUUUGCCAAGCUAUGUGUGUAUUUCCGGGGACGUCAUCACCUAGAAGAAAUGAUGUAUAGAGCCAAUUUGUGGAGAUCUGAACUACUUCAAGCAAUUGACAAAUUCAGACAAGUCCUUAUUACAUGUCAACACCCAGAUGAUUCCUUUACACUCACAGCUCACACCAAAUGACUCUUCAGUAAUAAGUGAAUUUUCAUGGUACGAAAUAGUGGAGUAAGAUUGCGAUAAAACUGACCGGCUUGAUUUCUAUGGCUUCAGAUAAGAAUAUUCAAAUAAUUCUCAGGCAUCUUCUGGUCACAGUUUAUAUAGAUGAUGAUAAUUUUGCUUGUGUUGAUGAAGGAAUUGAUUCUUUUGUUACAUUUCAUUGAAAAAAUGUUAUGCAAUUCAAUGUUUUGAAGGUUCUAGAAUGUUGUACCAAGUUUUGGUAUAUUUUCCUUUUUUUUCUUAUUCUUAUUCUUUUUCUUUUUUCUCUAGAUUAAUAUUAAAUUGGAUAAAAUAAUUCUUCAUAUUUCAGCAAAAUAUAUAUAUAUAUAUAUAUUUUUUUUUGAUAAAAUCAUAUUAUAUCAGGUAGGGAACUGACAGUGCACCAUAAUUUACUUUAAUGCAGUUUUUAACCCAUGAGUCGUAUGUUCUAUCCUGUACUGCUGUUUGUUAUACGCAGAUGUCUCUAAAAGUGCUCAGCCACCAUGGAGUCAGUCAGUAGGCUCAAUCUAACUAUGUCUAAUUUCCCCAUUCCAUCUUUUUUUUUUUUUUUUUUUUUUUUUCUAAUGCUAUCAAUAUUGAUACUGUUAUUAUUGCUGUUAUGAUUAUUAUAAUGUUAUUAACACACUAAUAACCAUAAAGAAUAAAACAAUAUCAACAUCAAAGGAAAGAGCAAUGAAUUUAGAUGGGUACAACUAAUAAUUGACUUGGGUGACUAAGCACUUAUAAAGCCAUCAAUGUGUAAACACAAUUAAUAAACAAAUUAUAGUGGACAUUACACAUAUGUCAUACCAUCUGUGACCAACGGGCUAAGUCAGAUCAAGUAUCUGUAAUUCAAAAUUACAAUAUUUCUUAUAUCUAGAAGAUAAUACUAGGGCUGGUCAUUACUCUUAAAACAUGUACAUUGAUAUUGGGGAGUUGGUAUGUGGUCCAAAAAGAACUUUAGUUAUAUGAAAUAAGUUAUGUGUACUUGUCAUAUGUAUGUGUUAAGUGUGUUACCCUUGUUUUAAAUAAUUUCCAUGUGGUUACCAAAUGGCCCAGGGGAUUCAUCAUGCCAGCCCUGCUGCCAAGUGAAAACUGGUGGUGGGGAGUCACAUGCACAAAAUCACAAAAGGUUGCUAAUUGGGAACUUGAUUCAUUACAUGUUAAAAUGUGGGCAGUUUUUGUUGUUGCAAAUGCAUUGCAUGCAUGAGAGAGUUAACUGUGAAACAUAUUGAUAAGUUCCAACAUUAUAAUGGUUGCACUUGAGGAAAGAUAUGUAAUAUUCUAAUAUCCAAUCAUAUGCUUGCAUACUAUGUUUAUUUUACACCAACACCCUUACCAAACAGAAUGGUGCACUUAUUGAAAACAAUAAGAAUAAGUGUAAGAAGUACAUAGUUGUAGUGCAGACUGUUAGUAACUUCCUAAUUGAAAUGUUCAAAACAUGAAUCAUGACAAGCAAAAGGAGCAGAUUAAAACUGAAUUUGAUAUCCGGUGUAAGUCAGCUGGAAAAAUAAAUCUAUUCUGAAGUUAUAAUCAACAAAUAAGUUACUGGGUAACAGUCACAGAUCACUUUUCCUUAAUUGUUACAUUAGUCAUGAUAACUGUGUUUGGAUAAGAUCUGUAAAACCAAAGUGUAAUUACUAAAAUUAAUAGUAUAUCAAGUUAUUAAGAAUGGAUGUAUAAUUUUUUUUCCUAUCAUUGCAGUGUUAAUUAGGUGCCACCAGGGAUGGCAUGUAUGUACAUUUCAUACCCACAGUGAAUUUCAUUUAUUAAGUGCUUUUAUACUUAGAUAGCUCCACAAAUACUAGGUUACCACUGAGCCAAUUACAAGUACUACCUAUCAAUUUUUGACAAUAUUUUCUGGUAUCUUAUAUUGCUGUUAGUAGGGUCAAUAACACUAAUAAUUAUAAUGUCUGUUAUAAAGAUAACAGCUUUGAUAUUGAUAACAUUAGUAAAAAAAAAGAAAAGAAAAAAAUCCUGCAAACACGAGGAAAGCUGAAAUCAGGAGACGUCAGAAAGUCUGCUAAUUGACUCCUUUGUGGCUAAGCACUCGCAAAGUCAUCUGUGUGCAGAGACAUUUCACAAAACAUUACCACACUGAGCACAUUUUCCCAGUGCCAGUGGGAUAAGUUCAUAAAUGAAGGUAUAUAAUCUGUGGAUAAAUUUCACAUAACUUAUAAGGGAUAUAAUGAAAAAAAAAUCUGUAUGUAAACACUGUCUUUGAAUGAAACUGAAGAUUAUAAACACUGUAUUUAAAUGAUAUUCAUUAUAUAUCCUUUAAUCCUCAAUUUUUCAGAAGGAAACACUCACAGCAUAAAACUAAUAUUAAUUACACAGUCUUAUUUUUACAUAUAUUAAAACAUGCAUUAUUUCUAGUGCGGCUGUUUUGCUCAAUAAUUAUUUUUUCAUAACUGAAAAAGACAAUUUUAUAAGUAUUUCUGCUUGUAAACAUUUUUCUUUUCAUCAAUAUUUAUAGUGAAUGAGAGCUUCCAUUUUACAACCUUUACCUGUAGUCUAUAUAUGAUAAAGUAAUUGUCAAGAAUGAUUGGUUGAAGAACAGUAUAUAUCAAGAAGUUUUACCAACUGGGUCUAGUUACGAGAUUUCUUUCUAUGGUAUAUAGAUGAACAUAAAACUUUUUAUCCUGCUAUAGAUAAAAAGUUGUUUAAGAUACCACUAUAGAAUAUAUGUUUCCUACAUGGACUGCAAAUUAUUUCAUAGCAGACAGAAGAAGAGAAACUCCUUUUAAACAAUGUACUGUAUAUGCAACAUUUUCUUCUUUCUGCAAAUGACUGUCAUUUCUUAAUGUGACACUACAUAGUUUAAAUGAAUAUUCAAAGGAAGUUACUUUAAUACAGUGUUAAAUCUUGCUUAGCACUGGCUCAGCUAACAUUUUUUUUCUUUUUUCUUUUUUAUGGCAUCAAACAUAGGGCAUAGAAGAAAUUAUAUGGAAACAUAUGGUACUUUUAUUCAGAUGUAAACAAACAAGAUUUCUUAUUAAUGCUAAUUCAGUUAAAGCUGUAAUUUUAAAGAACCCAUUCAACUGUAUGUGAUAGAAUGUUAGCUGUAUAUUUCAACAGAUAGAAGUUAGACUACCUUUAAACAACAAGCAUUUGUAUAAUUAUAAUAGAUUAAAGUUUGUAAGAUGAUCAUUUUUACAAAGUGCUGUAUUACAUAAAUUGUCUAUGUUCUGUAUCUGUGAUAAUGGGUUGGGGCAUGUGCCUAAUUAUAAUCUAUGUAAAGAUGUAAUUUAUAAUAAAUUGUAAUAUUGCCAUGUUGACAGCACAUGCUCAUGCAUUCUUGUACCAAAGUAGAACACUGAUUAUGAAUAAAGCAAAGAACAACCUUU